AUGUCUCUCAAUGCUGUUCUAGCCGACAUUAAUAUUUAUGGAUCGAUAACAUAUUUGGUACUGGGCACAAUUGGAUGUCUUCUAAAUGUACUCGUUUUCACUCGACGAUCAUUGAGAUCAACAACAUGUAUCACUUAUCUUUUGGGAACGUCAAUUGUCGAUUUGAUUUCACUGUGUGCAGCUACAAUACCGACUAUAUUUAGGGGAUUAGGUCGAAGUAUAACAGCAAAUUCACCUGUAUUAUGUAAACUCCAGUUUUUCAUUCUAUCGACUGGUUUUACUCUGUCAGCAUGGUUUCGUGUAUGUACGUCUAUUGACAGAUUUUUGACUAGCUGCCGUAGUAUUCAGUACCGAAAUUUGAGUACGAAAAAAAUUUCCUAUCGAACAACUGUAUUAAUGAUUAUAUUAGCUAUACCAACUUGGUGUCAAACAUUUUACUGUUUUGAUGCAAAUCUAAAGCCACCAACGCCCUGUUUUACAAUGAACGAUCAAUGUAAAUUGGUGAAUAACAUUUUAUUAAUUAUUAUUCAAUCAUUCGGACCAGUAAUUAUUAUGAUUGUAUUUAGCCUUCUCACACUACAAAAUGUUCGAAAUGUUGGCAGCCUAGUUGUGCCAACUGUUUCUUCUUCCGCUAGCAGCUCAAGGAUACGUACAAAAGACCGACAAUUAAUAACAAUGCUUUUAUUUCAAAUAACACUAUUUGCUGCUUCAACUGUACUCAUACCACUCUAUAAUUUUUAUACGUAUUCAACACAGAACGCGAUUAAAUCAGUAUAUAGACUGACAGUUGAAAACUUUAUUUUUCAAUUGUUCGUAUUUCUUGCCUUGACACCGUAUGCAACAACCUUUUAUUUAUACACAAUGUCGGGUAGAAUAUUUCGAGAUGAGCUUCGAAAAGUAUUUAUAAAAUUAUGUGGAAAAAUUGGCCUACAAGUGGCACAAUCAGUAGAAAGUACAGCAACACAUUUGGUAACACAAAGUACCCGACACGUUCAACCUACACGUUCGAACAUACAGACCACUAGAGCCCUGUAG